GCUAGAGAGCUUCGAGGAUGGCACUUGGGUGGAAAUGAGGUAGAGUUAGGGCUUGCCUCGGAAGAAGCUUGGUCCGCACAAAAGAUUCCCCCCUCCCUUCUAGUAAUGACAGGGCCGGAAAACAAGCCAAUUCGCACGUCAUUGGCACAAUCGGUUAUAAAUAGGGUCCCCAGCCCCUCAACUGUCUAUGGUUGCUUCUUGACUGAGCCUCGACGACCCAGCUUCAGACCUUUGGAAGGAGAGCAGGCGCUUCCCUCGCGGCUCUCCCUCCCGCCGGGGUGUUCACUGCCUAGCACGAAGGUGGAAGCAAGCGGUGAGGCGGCGUCCGCUCCGUCCGGAGGAUGGUCCUGCUAGUCCUCCUGGCCUGGCUCUCGCCGUGGCUUUGCCGGGCGGUUACGGCUCUGCUGCCUGGGUCCCCCUGCGAGCCGGUGCGCAUCCAGAUGUGCCGACAUAUGCCCUGGAACAUGACGCGGAUGCCGAAUCACUUGCACCACAGCACCCAGGAGAACGCAGUCCUCGCCAUCGAGCAAUACCAGGAGCUGGUAGACUUCGGCUGCAGCCCGGUGCUUAGCUUCUUCCUAUGCGCUAUGUUCGCCCCCAUUUGCACCGUGGAGUUUCUCCACGACCCCAUCAAGCCCUGCAAGUCCCUGUGCCAGCGAGCCCGCGAUGGCUGCGAGCCCCUCAUGAAGAGAUACAAUCACAGCUGGCCCGAAGGCUUGUCCUGCGAGGAGUUGCCUGUCUAUGAUCGGGGCGUAUGCAUAGCCCCAGAGGCCAUCGUUACGGAUCUCCCCGCAGGUUCCCUUUCAUCCGGGCCGAUGGAAGAGAAAACACGACUCUCUUCUGAGCCGGCCAGUUAUGAAAGUGGCAAGAGCGGGGCUGGCCAGCUUGCUAGCUUUCUUGCAGAGAAGGUGAAGUGGAUUGAUUUUUCGGAGGAUGUGAUGCUCCACGAGAAGCCGCUGCUCCUAGAGUGCAAAAUGCCUAACCGCUGCAAAUGCAAGAAGGUGAAACCCACGCUGACGAUUUAUCUGAACAAAAACUACACCUACGUUAUUCAUGCUAAAAUAAAGAGUGUGGAGAGAAGAAAUUGCAAUGAAAUAACCACAAUGGUUGAUGUGAAAAAUGUUUUGAAAUCUUUGACUCCAGUUCCUCGUGCUCUAAUUCCUCUAUAUACUAAUUCUUCUUGCCAGUGUCCACCUCUUCUGCCAAAUCAAGUUGUACUCAUUAUGUGCUAUGAAUGGCACACCAGAUUGAUGCUUCUUGAUGAGUGCUCAGUGGAAAAGUGGAAGGUUUCAUUAAGCAAAAGAUUUCAGCGAUGGGAACAGAGACUUCUAGAACAGAAACUACAAGCAGCCUCUAAUAGAAACCUGAAUUCCAGAAAUGCUGGUCAUGUUGGGACACCAAAACAAAACUUAAAGAAAAGCAGUCCUGUGCUCACCAGUUCCAAGAAGACCAAUAAGCUCAUAAAUCACCAGAAAGAAAUUAAUUCUAAAAAAAUAUGAGUUCCACCUUUUUUGUCUUGGAGCAAAGCCAACAAGCUGGUCUGAAAAGCACAUAAUUUGUUGAACUCCAUAACCUAAACAUUUCAUGCUACAAAUUAUUUGCAGUAGUUUAUUUGUAAAAUAAAUAAAAGCACAUAAUUGAGAGAGUUGAUGUUGUAGCCUACAAUUAGCACUGCAAGUCAUAGUUGAUCAACAAGGCUCUUAGUAGCUCUCUGAAUUUAGUAUGCCAAUGUGCUUCCAGUACUAAGAAUAGUUUUACAUAGCUGCCAUAGCAGAAGAGCAGUAUGUUGUUCUGGCAUUUAUCUAGUAUUUUAUCAUAAU